UGGAGCCGGAAGACUCUGAUCCUGCACUUCAGAAUCAGUUUAUUUAUUUCCGGCUCUGCGGACUCAGGGGGAGUUUCACUCCGGGCUCACUGCGCUCUCUGAGGACAAAACAAACAAACUAACAAACUAACUAACAAACACGGUGCAAAGUAAUCCAGGAUGGGGAGCAGCAGUCGAGCAGGAUUUCGUUUCACUGACAGCGACUCCAGCGACUCGGAGCAGCUCCCUGUGAUCAAUUUCUCCCAAAAACUGAACACUUUGGUGUGUUCAGAUGCGACGACUCAUCUGGUCUCGGCUCAGCCUGCUGGAGCUGGAGGAGACGUCUUCAUGGUCAGUAGUGACAGUGAGGAGGAGGAUGAAGAGGCUUUCUUUCCUUUGGCUGUGAGACUGAAACAGAAAGCUAUAGCUAAGAGCACAUCUGAGAAUCAGCAGUCAUGUGUGAAUCACAACGGAGGCUUGAAGGAGAAGAGCGCAACUGCUGAUGUCUGUGUAAAAGUUUUAGGAGAUGAUCCAGGUGCUGAGAGGUAUUCUGGAAAAGAGUCCAUCUGCGUCAGGGAUGAAGACGCUGGUCUCCGAAAGUGCAAACGCACCCAAGAGGAGAUUGAGGCGAGCAGACAGGAGGCCCUGUGCAGGAAAGCUGAGCGGGAGAAGCAGCACAGAGAGAGGGGGCGGCUGAGAGCGGAGAAGAAAGCGCUGACCGAGGCUGUGAAGGCCAUGAGACCUGAGGAGUGCAUCAAACACAUAGUGGUGCUGGUAGAUCCUGGCCUGCUGCAGCUGGAGGGUGGUGGUGAUCUCCUGACCUCACUGCACACGAUGGGAUGCAGCUGUGCCAUUGAGAAGCAGCCGCUGCCACGGAGUGUGUCCUGGAUUCGACGCACACCCUGUCCUCAGACUGGAGAAGUGAUGUCUGUCCCGGAGGCUCUUGCGGUGAUCCAGGUCCCGGUGGAUGACUUCAUCAGCAUGGUUCACAGCUCCACCCAGGGGCAGAGGAGUGGAGUAACAAGCGACUGUGGUGUAACCCUGACUGCUUGGGUUCUCCGUCUUAUGGCGAGGAACGCACACAGAACCCUCAGUCUGGCGGUGAUCGACAUCGAGAAAUAUUUUAAGAGUCAGUGCGCUAAGGGUCGGCAGAAGUUUCGGGACGCAGUGCUGGGGGACAAGAAGAGGAAGAGGAAAGACGUUGAGCAGCUUCCCGAUGUCUCUCGAGUGGAGUUGGAGGAGGCUUUAGUUGACCUCCAGCUGAACGCGGGGGUUCAAGUCCAUUUUCACUCAACCUGGAAGGACUUCACUAAUUAUGUUACCAUGUCAACCAAGGCAGUAGCUGAAGCACCGUUCAAGCGGGAGAGAGAGAAGACAUGUUUUAGUUUUUGUCUCGAGAGCGAGUGGGCAGGUGGUCAGAAAGUGGAGCGAACAGGGAAAGGACUCCUGCAGGUGUGGAAGAGGCAGAUCCAGCAGCUGAACCGCGUCAGUGUGGACAUGGCUACGGCCGUCCUCAGCACCUACCCGUCUCCCCAGCUUCUCUUUCAGGCGUACACACGGUGCAAAUCGGACCGAGAAAAAGCCGCGCUGCUCUCAGACGUGCUGAUUCGCCGUGGAGAAGGAGUGACGUCAACGACGCGCAGGAUUGGUCCAGAAUUGUCCAAGCGAAUCUUUCUUAUGAUGAUGUCAUCAGAUCCCCAGCAGACCCUUGAUUCUGUGGCGUAAAUAUCCAGUGUGACGAGAUUGAUUGAUUGUCUGUCUUAAUUAGUUCUUUUUUAAUCCAUUUGCUUUUAUGCGCUUGUUAUUAAACAUUUUCUGUCACUGUGG